UUGUUUUCUUUGUUAAGCGUUCAUUGAUACAUACCAGAGAAUGAAGUGUUUGGCUUUGGUUGUCUUCGCCCUUCUGGGGACAGUCUGCCUUGGAAGGGACGCCAACGACGCCCGGAUUGUGGCUGCUUACUCCACCCGCACUGCCAUCACCCUGACGACGAUCACCUCCGUGCAGCCCUACACCUGCGCCUUUGCUGUGACUACCACCCCGUGCCAGGGGAGGAGGAUGUAUCGACGAGAGUUCCUAGGGAUGUUCCCUGAGGAUGACUCUCUCGCUGGUGACGACAAAACACUGCUGGACAGCACCUUCGAGGACCCACUGAUUUCUGAGGGCAGGGCGCUGGAUUCCGCGGAUCGACAGGGAAGAAUUGCCCUUACCGUCUGGACAACCAGUUCCAGCACGUACACCAUCACCUCGACUUCCACCAACUUCGCGACGACUUACUCCUUGUCCUACUACUGCUCCAUCAACGGGUUCCCAUACCCACCUUCCUGUGGCUAAGGGCCAAGAUUGUCUGGAAUUGCUUGGUUUCCAGGAACUGCUUGGGUUCCUGAAACUGCUUGGGUUCCUGGAACUGCUUGGUUUUCUGGAACUGGCUGGGUUCCAGGAACUCUUGGGUUCAUAGAAUUGCUUGCGUUCCAGGAUGCCAAAAUGUCGCUUCUGCUAGACAGAAUCACACCGAGAUCAUUCACGAGUCUUUGUCAACGGAUCUGUGCCUGGUUUAAUUUUUUCUUUCAUAGCUCCUCUCUUUUUGGUUGAUUUCUUACACAGUUUUCCGCUUUAUUUUAACCUGAAUUAUUUAUUGUCUUAGUUUGUACACAAGGGUCGCAAUUUUGUAAAUACACACUUUCUUAUAAGCAAAUGUAUUUUGAUUUUAUGCCCUACGGGUAAUAAUCAAUAAUAAAGGCAAAUUAAGAGU